AUGAUUGAGCCAUCUUUGAAAGCUUUAGCUUCCAAGUACAACUGUGAGAAGUCUAUCUGCCGUAAAUGUUACGCUAGAUUGCCCCCAAGAGCUACCAACUGUAGAAAGAGAAAGUGUGGUCACACCAACCAGUUGAGACCAAAGAAGAAGUUGAAGUAA